CGGGACUUCAAAGGGAAGGGGCGGGACAGGCGCGAGGAGAGGGGCCGGGCCGGGCUCCCUCGCGCAGGCCGCCAACGUUGCUGAACCCGGUGGGCCCGCAGCACCCGUGUCUCCACGCCCUGGGGCCCUGGCAGGACAGCGGCCACCAUGCGCCUCCCCAAAAGCCUGCAGGACCUUGCCAGCAGCGAGACCGUGCGCUUCCUGAGGAGGCCAAAGAGCAUCACACGGAUCCUCUCGGGGUUUGCACGAUUACCCUGACUGUGUGACCUGGAGCAAGUUCCUCGCCCUCUCUGAGCCUCCUCACAGAUGAAGUGGGAAGGACUGGUAGCGAGACAAGUUAAUGCCGCUGAGCAGGGGCCUGGUCUUCGCCCUGGUUGUCUUCUCCUCCCUGCUGACCGAUGGCUACCAGAACACAACUGAGUCCCCGCAGCUGCACUGUGUGCUCCACAGCAACCACACAGCCUGCAGCCUCGCUGUGGGCGCUGGCAUCCUCACCUUCCUCAGCUGCCUGGUCUUCCUUGCCCUGGACGCCCACAGGGCCCACGUGGUCAACACCCACCUCAAGGUGGUCCUGCGGCUCCUGGACAUCAUCCUGGCAGUUCUCUGGGCCGUCAUCUGGUUCAUGGGCUUCUGCUUUCUGGUCAACCAGUGGCACCACUCAUCGCCCAAAGAGUUCCUCAUGGGGAGCGCCAGCGCCAAGGCGGCCAUUACCUUCGCUUUCUUCUCCAUCUUUGUCUGGAUAUUCCAAGCCUACCUGGCAUUCCAGGACCUCUGGAGUGAUGUUGCGGUCCCCUACAAGCGCUGCCUGGAUGAGAGUGGAGUGGUGCUGACCACCCUCUCCCCGCUGUCCACCUCCAGCUCAGUGAACAUGCCCACCUCCGGCCCCACCAGCCAGACUUACUCCAGCUCUGCCCUGUCCCCUUAUACAACCACCCUGAAGGCCCCCUGCCUGGCCAUGAUGCCCGACAGCUAAACACCCCUGUCCCGCAGCAGUAAAGAGAUAUUGUUUCUCCA